AUGGUUGCCGCUAGUUCGCGCGCCGCCUUCAGUACCACUUUCAGCGUGUGCACUCCUCCCGCAGCGACCCCCGCCGCCGCCGCACCAGCAACUUCCACAGCCGAGGCCGGCCUCGCACCAGUACCAGGAGCCGCGACGACAGAACAAGCCAAGGCGGCCAUCUCGUCUUGCCCGGCGGGCACCAAGCUUAACGGUCUCAACUACUUCAAGAACAAGGCGGAUCCCGUGGCGCUGCCAGACGAGGAGUACCCAGAGUGGCUCUGGAGGUGCUUGGAGGUGCAGAAGAAGACGGACGAUGCUGCUGAUGCGGACGCUGGCGAUGAGUUCUCCAAAUCCAAGAAACAGCGUCGCCUAGCCAUGAAGCGCGCGCGCGCCCAAGAGGCCAAGAUUCUGGCUUCCGGCGACCUCGAGGCCCUGGCACCCAAGAUCCCGCUACAGAAGCAGUCGGUCAACCUUCCCGGAGCUGUGAACGGCGGCGUGCAGGACGCGGUGCUGGCGGACGAGAAGCGGGAGGAGCUGCGCAAGGCGAUGCGCAAGGAGCGCAAGGCCAAGAUCAAGGAGAGUAACUACCUCAAGGCUAUGUAA